AACAGAAAAUAGAGUAAAUACAUGCUGUAUUGUAAAACGUUAACUGUAAUAAUUUUGUCCUUGGUCACUAGUACUUCAGUACCAUACCAAGUGUUAAUUUAAGAUCUUAAUUGUUCAAUUUUUUUUAUUGAGUAUACAGUUUAAUAACAAAAUGGCGGUUGAGAACAGAGAUAUAGAUACAACCAAAGGUACAACAAUAAAUUCUAAAACAAGUUUGGACUACUAUGAAUGUCUAAAUGAUACAUAUAUUAAUAAAUAUAUGGAUCUAAUCACACAACGUUCUGCAAAUGAAGUAUAUGUGUUUGAUACUUUUUUUUUCAUCGCCUUUUCUGAAAAGGGGUUUUCAAGUGGUCAUCAUUGGACAAAAAAUAUUAAUAUAUUCUCAAAAAAAAAAUUGAUGAUCCCUAUUUACACCAAAGAAGAAAAUCGCUGGAGCUUAGUCUUGGUUGAUAUGACAAAAGAAAAAAUGAUAUAUUAUGAUAAAUUUGGAAAAAAUAAUUCCAAACACAUGAGAUUAAUAAUGAAAUAUUUGAAAUUAGAACAUUUUUUAAGGAAUGGAGUGUUUCUUAGAACAAAUUUCAUCCAAAUUCCCUCAAGUAUAUUUAGUUCUAAUGUUUUUUUUGACUGUGGAUUGUUUAUUUGUGUUAUUGCGGAACAUCUAUCAAGAAAUGCGCGGUUGCUUUUUUCGUUUACAGACAUGAAGAGAUUCCAUAAACAAAUAGUUUGUGAUAUGAAAGAUGACAAUGUCUCAUUCUUAAUUUCAAGUUACAAUACUUAAAUUAAACAUAAUAUUUUCUGUAAA